AUGCACACUGUAUUCAUCGCACUCAUAUGCUUUUUACCAUACAUUACAGCUCACCAUUCAACAAUAUUACACUCAAAAUAUCGUUGGCUACGAUUACCAGCAACUCCUAAACUUCCUUAUCCUUGUAUUGGUAAAUAUGCUACGAUCAAUAGUCUUCAAAUAUGGUACACAAUCUGCGGUCCAAAAGAUGCUGAACCGAUCCUUUUUCUUAAUGGUGGCUUAGUUACUAGUGAUUAUUGGGGAUUUCAAGUUCAAGAGCUUAAAUCAUUUUAUCGAUGCGUAUUGAUGGAUUCUCGAGGACAAGGUCGAAGUUUUCCAGUACCAACUAAUAUUACAUAUGAUCUAAUGAUGUCUGAUGUUAUCGCUUUUCUGAAUUAUCUUAACAUUAAACGAGUACAUUUGGUUGGAUGGACUGAUGGAGCAAUGAUUGGUCUUAAUUUAGCAAUGAAUCAUCCAAAUAGAUUGCUAUCAUUGUUUGCAUUCGCAGCAAAUUAUGUUCCUAGUGGUUUAAAAGAUACUUCCACCUCGCUUGUUUUCAAUAUCUUCUUAGAACGCGUUCAAGCUGAGUACGGAGCAAUAAAUCAAGCCAGUGGCUAUUCGAAUUUGUUGAAUAUUUUAACAGUCAUGUGGGCUACACUUCCAACUUGGACUCAACAAGAUUUUCAAAGAAUUUCUGAAACUUUGCCCAUUUGGAUAGUAGAUGCUGACCACAGCGAAGUUAACUUUCGAAGUCAACCAAAUGACAUGUUUAGUUGGAUUCCACAAUCAAGUGAAUUGAUCUUACCGGGAACGAGUCACUUUGCAUUUAUGCAGGAUCCCGUAGGUUUCACUACAAUGGUGAAACGUUUUCUGGCUGAGGUCCAUUGUCCAGGUUGUCCUUAG